CAUGAGAUGUGACGUAGCCAUCACGUGAUUCAGUGCGUAGUAAACAGUGAUUCGAGCAAGCCGCCAUUCUAGUCGCAGAGAAAAUUUUUAGCGUUAUUUCCUAUUUUGAUUACGAAUUUAGAGGAUUUUUGUGUUUUUACUUAAGUUUUAUCCUGGACAUCGUGUUUACAAUUGGAGAAGUCCUUCAACGUGGUCGCAACGUGACUUUGUUUAGGGUCAUAAGCCCUGACCCAAAUCCUUUGUGAACAAUGGCCAAUCAGGCCAAGCGACCUUCUCUGAAUAAUUCAGUAGAGGCUGUCUUCGACAGUGUGGUCGCGGGCAUUUCAGCCCAGCAGAACAGUGGUUUUCAAACCUUAACUGUUGUUCCUGAAGCAAUUUCUGAGGAAAUUGUAGAAUCGUUUGACUCGAUUGAUUACAUAAGAUCGGCUGGAGAUACUCAGGUUUCAAGGGGCGGAGCGUCGAAAACCGCCAAAACAAUGAGUGACAGACCGAGCACAGAACACAUAUCCCAGAAUUCCCAAACAAAAACAAACAACAUGGCCGACGAAGACGAUCUUUAUUGGAAAAAAUUAUUUUUCCAGAACCAGAAAAUGUUGCAGGAAUUUAUGCAGUCAAAAAGAUUGGCGGAGACAGAACCUCCAGUGCCAAACAAAUUACAGAAGACAAAUCAUCAAACAGAAACAGCUGAUUCUGAUGAGGCUGACGAUUUCGAUGUUCUUAUCAAUGAAGCUAAAGAAAAACAGAGUGAAGACGAAGAUGACAAGAGUUUUUUAGGAUCCCUAGAAGAUUUUAUGUUAAAUGAUGACAGAACUGGACCGAAUAUUAGUGAAGAACUUUCUAAGGUCCUCAAUAAAUCAUUUCAAAACAGACCAUCAGAAGAAAAGGCUAAGAAACUGUGUGAAAAAUAUUUUCGGCCUAAGAACUGUGACAACAUGACUGUUCCAAAAUGUAAUCCAGAAGUCUGGCCAUCAUUGCGCAAAAAAUCUCAGUCAUGCGAUUAUAAACUACAGAAAACACAAUCUGUUAUUCUGAAAGCUAUGGUGCCAACUUGCACUCUUCUAGACAAAUUGCUUGUCAGCAAGAAAACAACAAAGACCGUGUCAUCAAAAGACACUAACGAAAUGCUAGACUUAGCGAGCUGGCAUUUACUGAUAUCUCUCACAAACGAAGGCACCUAA